GGAAUUAAAAAAUAAAAAGAAUAUUCUGCUUUCCAAAACAAAAAGAAAAAAAAUCUGAAAUUUUUUAAGGGAGGGGAGGGAAUACUAAUCACUUUCCUCUGUUUAUUCACUCCCACGGGAAAGCCUCCCCGGCCACGCCCUGCCCGAUCCCACCUCGUAGCGGAGUCAUAAUCCACGGGUGGCAUUCCUUAGGUUUUCGUCCACGGUGCGGUUCUUCGAUUUAAGAUAUAGGACCUAAAGCACGAGCAAAAGGCAACCAUGACCGAUUAUGUUCUGGAGCAAGAAAUGGAGAUCGAAGCAUUAGAAGCCAUCCUAAUGGAUGACUUCAAGGAACUUCACACUGGUGAAAGUGGACUGAGCACAUCCAGAAGAUGCUUUCAAAUUGCUAUAUCUCCUCAGGAGGAGGAGGAGGCAGAUGAACAAAUAAACUCGUCAGUUCGACUUGCUUUAAUUUUCUCGCACACUGAAAAGUAUCCUGAUGAGCCCCCACUUUUGGAUGUCAAAAGUUUAAAGGGAAUUCAACCUGGAGACCUUAGAACUUUGAGAGAAAAGCUUGAACAAGAGGCGACUGAGAAUCUUGGUAUGGCAAUGAUUUUUACAUUGGUCACAUCAGCAAAAGAAUGGUUAUCUGAACUUUUUGCUAAGGAUACUGUUGAUGAAUUUGCUGGACAAGCUGAAGUGGCAAAAGAUGAGAUAGUUGUGCCUCAUGGAGAACCAGUGACCAUUGAAACAUUCUUGGCAUGGAGGGAAAGAUUUGAGGCUGAACUAGCCCUGGAAAGAGCCAAGUUAAUGCCAGAUUCAGCGCUUUCAGUUCCCAAGGAAAAGAAGCUGACAGGCAGGCAAUGGUUUGAAAGUGGAAGAGCAUCUUCGAAGGGCGCAACGACUGUUGCCGAAGAGUCUGAUGAGGGAGAAGAAGAUAUUGAUUUUGAUGAUGAAGACUUUGAAGUUGAUGAAGACGAUAUGCUGGAGCACUAUCUAGCAGCAGAAAGACCAGCAUAACAUCCUCUCAUUUGGCUUUAUCUAAAGCUUUUACAUCACUUGAACUCUGCAUUUAUAUAGUUUCUAUAAGGAUCUAAAUGUGAGAUUGAUCCUUAGGGCUCUUCUGGUUUUAGAUUACUAGGGGUUUUAGGUUGAUUGAGCUGAUUCUGAUUCUCAUAUCAGCUAUAAUCACGUGCUGUUGUGUUGGUUUGAGAUUUUGUCUAAAAUCAAUCCGCGUGAUUCUGCUCCCCAGCGCCUCAUAUUUAGAAUCGAUCAGGUGGUUUUUUUAGAGCCAAUAGACAAAUCCAGAAGUGACUCCGAGUAUCAAAACCAGAAUUUGAACUAAAAAUGAGCCUCUAGCUCGACAAUGAUUCUUGGCGGUCUUUAUUUGUGUUAGAAUUGGGAUGUCUCUAUACUUGAAGUUUGGAAAAAGCGUUUGGGGCAUAUUGUUGAAUUAGUACUAUUUGGAGUUUAAAAUGAAUAUGCUUCGUGACU